CUCUCUCCCAAACUUUCUUUCUCAUCUACCGUUCAACGCCGUGUGUAGAGAGAGAAAGUAGAACCGCCCACAAUUCCUGAAACCCUAGCUGACAUAAUGCUUCUGCGAACACAGUUACUCUACUCCUUUUCCCUCCUUGUCUGUCUCUUCAACGUCUCUUCGCACUGACAAUGGCCGAGGAAUCAAGCUCCGAGGCGUCGGCGCCGCUGUUGCGGCCGCGGCAAGGCGACGGAGAUGCGGCGACGCGGCCGGCGACGCUCGCGCUCCUUAUCGGCCGGGCGGCCGGGAGGCGGGGGCCGUCGAUGCUCGUGCGCGAGACGGCGGCGCGAGAGCUCGACGACCGGCGAGCUGACUGGGGGUACUCGAAGCCUGUGGUGGCGCUGGACAUGAUGUGGAACCUGGCGUUCGUUGUGGUGUCUGUGGUGAUGCUGAUUUGCACUGUGAACGAGCGCCCUAACACUCCAAUCCGUAUCUGGAUCUGCGGCUACGCUUUGCAGUGUGGUGUUCAUGUGGUGCUGGUGUGGUUGGAGUACAGGAGGAGGAGUAUGAGGAGAGUGAGGGAUGAGGAGAGGCGUUCGGAAUCGGACGCCAAUGAUAGCGAGGACGAGGGUGCGGAUGCAUCCGCGGGGUCGGGGACGACAAGUCGGUCAAGUAUCACAAAACGAUGUGAAUCUCUGAAUACAAUGGCAUCAUUUCUCUGGUGGAUAGUUGGCUUCUAUUGGGUUGUAUCUGGUGGUGAAAUCCUCCUGCAAGAUGCUCCACGUCUAUACUGGUUGGCUGUGGUAUUUCUGGCAUUUGAUGUGUUCUUUGCCAUUUUUUGUGUUGUUUUGGCAUGCUUGAUUGGAAUUGCCCUGUGUUGCUGCUUGCCUUGCAUUAUUGCAAUUCUUUAUGCUGUUGCAGGCCAGGAAGGUGCAUCAGAGGCAGAUCUGAGUAUGCUCCCUAGUUACAGAUUUCAAAUGUUGAACGAGGAAAAGCCUACUGUAGGAUCAGGUACAAUGGUUCCUGUGGAGACGAGCAGUGGAUAUCUGGCAAAUGAUCGUGUUCUUUUACCUGAGGAUGCAGAAUGCUGUAUAUGUCUGAGCUCAUAUGAAGAUGGGGCAGAGCUCCAUGCUCUUCCUUGCAACCAUCAUUUCCAUUCUACAUGCAUUGUGAAAUGGCUUAAGAUGAAUGCUACAUGCCCUCUCUGCAAGUACAACAUACUCAAGGGAAAUGAGCAGAUUUGAUGAAAAGAAGGGAGAGGAAAAAAAAAAAAAAAAAAAAAAAACCACAGCUGGCUGGUUUGUCUACACUCUCUCUGCAUGUGUCCAUCAGUGAAAUCAAGGCAUGCAGAACUUUCUUUUAUAUAUAUAUAUAUAUAUAUAAAGUUAUUGCAUUUUAUUAAUUGAGCUUCAUUUGCACAUUGUUUGUCCGUUCAACUUGCAGAAAUUGUUCAAUACUCUCAAUGCAUACCCCCUCUCACAUGAAUGGUGGACUGCACAUCCAUUGCAGAGUGGGACCUGCGCUUUUGUGAGAAGAAUAUGCACCGGGAAUAUUGAAUAAUUACUAUAGUUAACUCUUUUGUGGGCUUGAUUAUUCGUCUUGACAGGAUGAGUUUUACUCUUGUGCUGUGAAAGCGUAGCCAUCAAUUUGUUGGCUUUAUUUUUACAUUAAUUUUAUUAUUUUGUAGGCGUCUAUAGAGAGGAAAAGAAAGUAGCUUUAAUGUAUUCUAAAUACACUUAUGUACCUUUAUUAAUCUGAUACUAGGCAUAAUGAAAUUGAUUCUUAAGUGUAUUAGUUCGAUUUA